CGAGACACCUUUUCGACAUCAGAGAACAAUCGCAUCGGGUCGUGACUACGGCGGGUUGUGGUACAUGCAACAAAGCAAUCUAUCGGUGCAUUUCCAUCGCCUAUCACGCGAAGAUCACACCACGAGCCGUGUGUAGGCAUAUAGCAAUCGUCCGGGUGUAUAUGUGUGACUGAGUGAGUGUGUGUGCGUGUGUGUGACCAGUGUGUUGCAGUGUGCCAUAGUUAAAUCCAAAAUAAUUAGCACGUUGUCCUUUUUGCCCGUGGAAAGCUAACUCCUCCUUGCCGAAUUCGCAAUCAAUCGCACCGCCAAAAACCGAAUGUCGAUCAAAGGCGGGCAACACGGCAGGGGGAAAGGAGUAGCGUCGCGGGCGAUGCUUCUGCUGCAGGUGUUGGUGCUCGUCGCUGCCUCGAUCAACCACACGCAUGGUGCAGACCAAGAAUCGGCACCGACUGCUGUCGUCACUGUACCACCGUCAACCACCACCACCGGUGCGAACCCUACGGAUGAACCGUUGGCCUUCGAUGUGCCGAGCGUGGACAAGUUUUUCGCCGUAGUCCAACGUCAGCUGCGGUGCGGCUAUCCGAUGUUCGGUAUCCCCUCGCUGGUUCCGCUCCGGCUCAGCUAUACUUUCAAGACGUCCUUCGACUUGCUGCAGUUGAAAAAGAUCAACAUUAUUGCUUCCAACUUCACCAUCCACGGGCUGAAUGAAUUCAGCUGGGAGCCGGCUAGGUCGCGAUUCACCCGUACCAUGGCUACCGUACCGAUCACCUUCCCGAAUAUCACUGCUUUUGCCAAUACCUCGCUGAACGGAGCGAACGGGACCUCAUUCGUGCAGCUGCGCAAUGUCACGGUCCGGCUGAACGCGACCUACGAGGAGGCGGACGAUUUGCUCUACGUCACCGAUCUGACCGGUUCAAUUAUCGUCGGCGAUGCCAAGGUAAAGAUAGCUUCCCUAUUCCCGAAGAGUGCGAAGCUGAGCAAGAUAUGGAACAAGGCGAUCGGUAAGUCGCUACCAAUCCUGGUGGAGUUGUUCAACGGAGGCAAGCUGAAGAUCGAGUACCUUAGCCGGCUGCUUAGUGGCGCCAAAUUCUAUGCGAUGAACACGGUUAACAACGCACUCAGCACGUACAGCCUCAACUUUGAUCGCCUGGUCGAGGCGCUAAGCAAAUUUGCGGACGUGACACCCGACUCGCUGCAAUGCAUCAGUGCGGAUGUUUCCCGGGAGUACCCAAUUCUAGACGAAACCUCCUAGUGGUGCAGACUAAUAAAGCGAUUUCGAAAUAACAAGACGCAAAGUGACGGUGGUACUGGUGCGACCAGAGCACUUACAAAUCCUGAUA